CUAUUUGAGUAUUUCCAUUUGUUACCUUCUCAUUUCCAAACUAUUUUCGGCAUAGUCCAAAUUUUCCAGUUAACAAAAUGACAACUCACUUCUAUUAUCCCGACAGGGAGCUGCAGGACGAGCUCAGCUGCAUAGCCAAGGGUUUGGUGGCCCCUGGCAAGGGGAUCCUGGCCGUGGACGAGACCAGUUCGCAGAUGGGGAAGCGUCUGGAAUUGAUCGGGGUGGAGAAUACAGAAGAGAAUCGUCGUCUGUACCGUCAGAUCUUGUUCACGACCGAUGCGAAGAUAGCUGAGAAUAUAUCUGGCGUCAUAUUUCCACCCGAGGCGCUACACCAGAAGACGGACGACAGCGUACCCUUUGCCGAGGUGCUGCGCAAGAAAGGCAUCCUUACGGGCAUCAAGGUGGACAAGCAGUUUGUGGCACUUUUCGGCUCGGAGGACGAGUUCACCACCCAGGGAUUAGACGACUUGGCCGCCCGCUGCUCCCAGUACAAGAAGGAGGGCUGCAGCUUCGCCAAGUGGCGUUGUGUCCUGAAGAUCAGCAAGAACACACCCUCCCACCAGGCCAUUCUGGAGAAUGCCAAUGUCCUGGCUCGCUAUGCGGCCACAUGCCAAUCGCAGGGACUGGUUCCAAUUAUCAAUCCCGAUAUCCUAGCCGUCGGGGACCACGAUCUGGACCGGUGCCAGAAGGUCGCCGAAACAGUCUUGGCCGCCGUCUACAAGUCUCUCAACGAUCAUCAUAUCUUCCUUGAGGGCACUCUCCUGCAGCCCAGCAUUGUGACACCCGGAAUGCAGAGCCAAAAAAGCACUUUACCGGCGGACAUAGGGCUAUGUACAGUCCUCGCCAUACGUCGCACUGUUCCGCCGGCAGUGCCAGGUGUCAUGUUCUGUUCUGGCAAUCAAUCGGAGGAGGAGGCCACUGUCAAUCUUAAUGCCAUAAACAAUGUCCCACUGUGCAAGCCCUGGGCCAUGACCUUUGCCUUCGAUAGGGCCCUGCAGUCGUCGGUGCUACGUACCUGGGGCGGCCGUAAGGACAAUGUCGUCAAUGCCCAAAACGAGCUGAUCAAGCGUUGCAAGGCCAACAGCUUGGCCAGCAUUGGCAAAUACAUUCCUGGCUCUGUGGAAGGCUCGGCGGGCACUGAAAAGCUAAUCUUUGAUGCUCUUGAAUACUAGGUGAACAUCAAGUGCGACUCCAUAAAA